ACGUCAUAACGGAAUAUGUAAUCGGGUAUAUCUAUCCAGAACGUCCGGUUGCGAACAUGUGCUUCAAAGUGUAUGGAUACAUCAGCAUGACUCAGGCUCUAACAUUCAUCCAAGACUUCAAACUCGGUCUCUACAUGAAGAUCCCUCCUAGAAGCAUGUUCAUGGCACAGGUGGUUGGGACGCUUGUGGCAGUGAUAGUGUACACAGGAACUGCUUGGUGGUUAAUGGUAGACAUUCCUCAUCUAUGUGACAAAUCUUUGCUUCCUCCAGAUAGCGAAUGGACCUGUCCGAUGGACCGUGUCUUCUUCGAUGCUUCUGUGAUUUGGGGACUUGUGGGACCACGUAGAAUGUUCGGUGACUUAGGGGAAUACUCAGCCAUAAAUUGGUUCUUCCUCGUAGGUGCAAUUUGUCCUUUCUUUGUCUGGCUAGCGACCAAAGCGUUUCCA